AAUAUUAAGAUAAACAGGCUAAGCGAUAAACUUGAUUUUAAGAAACUUAGACCUUAUAAAAUUACAAAGAAAAUUAGACCUGUUAAUUAUAAAAUAGAUCUUCUACUUACCCUAAGGAAACGAGGAAAAACUAUAUAUUUAAAUUUCUAUAUUUUACUAUUAGAAAAAGCAUUAGUAGAUAAAGAAAUAGGCAAAGUUAUACGGGAUAAAAUUGUUAUUUAA